UUGCAAUGUGAUCGUCAAUAAUGCAUGUCAGUUAUGUACAUAAUGACAUUAACAUUACACUGUCUCGUAACGGAUUUCUCUUCAAAGUUCACUGUUUGACAAAUAAAUUUGUUUGCUUGUUGAUGAGAGAAAAAUAUGAAAAGAAGAUUUUGAGAUAUUUAAAGGGUUUGCUGAAAAUACAGUUAUAGGAAGAUGGAUAACCUUUCGGGUGAUGUGGAAGACGCGAUGGGCGGACGUACAGGCAAGCAUACACUCAAUCAGUCGAGCUCUAACUCACAACCUAUGUACACAUAUAAAAUAUCGGUGAAGACCGGGGACCGUCCGAAAGCUGGCACAGAUGCUAAUGUUUACGUUGUGUUGCAUAGCAACGGACAGAAAUCUCCGGAAACGAAACUAGACGUUUUAUUUCGGAAUGACUUUGAGAGAGGACAAGUGGACACAUUCCAAAUAAGCAAAGUUCCGUUUGCUACAAUUGACUGUGUUGAACUAUGGAAGGACAACUUCGGCAUAUAUUCAGAAUGGAACAUUGACACGAUUACAAUUGAUAACAUCAACACCGGUGAACAGACUGUGUUUCCAAUUUUCCGCUGGAUAAGUUCAAAUUACCGUUACAAUUUUAUACCACUGGAUACCAGUCUGCCACAAUAUGACGAAAGGAAAGAGCAAAGACAAAAAGAACUUGAGGAGAAGCGAGCUCUGUACGAGAUAGCUCCUCCUGCACCCGGGAUGCCGUCCAGGAUCAAAUCGAUCCCGCCGGACGAGGAAUUCUCCUUCGACUACCUGUGGGACCUGAACAAGAAGAAGUUGUUGUUAUUGGCGACUAGUAAAAUAAAAACGAUCACGACAGGAGCUUGGAAGUCUAUCGAUGAUGUAAACACUAUCUAUACGAAAAAAGUUUUUACACCGCCUACGGACACGGAAAGGUGGAAAGAUGACGUCAAAUUUGGUAAUCAACGUAUUGCCGGGGUCAAUACUACUACUAUCCGACUGUGCACGGAAAUACCCGACAAGUUUGGUGUUACGGCGGAAAUGGUCGAACCUUUCCUAGAAGGGAAAACGCUAGAGAAUGCUUUGAAAGAUCGUAAAAUUUUCAUUAUCGAUUACGACGUGCUAGAGGACUGUCCGACAAAGGAGGGGCAUACUGUAUGUUCACCGAUAGCUCUCUUCUAUAAAAGAGAUGAUAGAAAGCUCGUGCCAGUCGCAAUACAGCUGUUUCAACACAAGGCAGAAGACAACCCAGUGUUUCUACCCUCUGAUCCACAAUACACGUGGAUUUGGGCUAAAAUGUGGUUUAAUAAUGCGGAUGCACAGUAUCACCAAGCUGUUACACACCUUGGGUAUACACAUCUUAUAAUGGAAGGAUUUGUUGUCGUAACGCACCGCAAUAUGUCCCAGUCUCAUCCUCUUUUUAAACUUUUGGCGCCACAUUUUCUGUAUCUCAUUGCAAUAAAUACACGCGCGGUGAAUAAAUUAUCGUCCAAAGACGGAAUCUUGGAUCAAACGUUUUCUGUCGAAGCCAGAGGCAUGUUUGAACUUAUCCGCAGACGUCGACCUAGAUGGCGCUUCGAUGUUGAUGGAAUUAUACCGGAAGACUUUAAAGCACGUGGUGUAGAUGACCCGAAUGAUCUUCCUCGCCACCAUGCGAGGGAUGAUUCUAUAAUGAUCUACGACGCAAUCAAAAAGUAUGUCCAAAAAUACGUAGAUCUUUAUUACAAAACAAAUGACGUACUUCUCGCAGACGAAGAAGUUCAGAAUUGGCGGGAAGAACUUGUACGUAGUGAGAAUGACAAUGGUCUAGGCAUGAUUGGCGUUCCUGGUGAAGAUGGGAAGUUCACAAAGAAGGAACAACUUGUAAUUGUUCUCACUAGUGUCAUUUCUAUCUGCAGCGUAGGUCACGCGAUGGCAAACUUUGCGCAGUACGACGAAUACUCACAUCCGCUAAACUAUCCUUCCCUCUUGAGAGGAACCCCUCCGAAAGACAAGUCACCACGGACUGAAGCAGAUAUUGUAGCUUCGCUCCCAGAUAAAGAACAACAUUUCCAGAUAAUGAUCACUGGAAAAAUUUUGAGUGAGCGUGGAACAAAGCCCCUAGGUGACUUUGAGGUCAACUAUGUGUUUGAUCCGGAAGCAGUAAAAAUUGUAAACGAAUUCCGUGCAGAUUUAGCGAGGAUAAGACAACUGAUAGUUGAAAAGAACAAAACAAGAGAUCUGCCUUACCCCUACCUCGAUCCAGCCGAGGUUCCAAAUUCAAUUAGCAUUUAAAAACGUGUUUUCCAGGAAAAGUUAGCACAACGCAUAUUCAGAAUUCCUAGAUACAUGCACAACGGUCACUUUUUAAAGUCUGAAGUGGCGACAAAAAUGUAUCACUGUCAAACUGUUAUUUUAGUUUUCUUAGAAUAUAUCGUAAGAAAAUAACGGUCUAUAGAGAAUAACUGUAGUAAAACUCUCGUGUAUAUCCACUAUAUUGUAUAAAAUAAUAACAUAUA